AUGACGAUGUCAAGACUCAAUGCAGCGCGGAUUCCGGCUCGUGGACAACAUCUUUUUGGCUCGUUUUUUAUGCUUCGUGACAUUCUUCUCUUCAUAUUCGAGCACUGUAGUCCAUAUGAUCUCGUGCAGCUCAACGCGUCUUGCCGAACGUUCCGAGGCUUGAUUCGCGACCAACCGCACCUCUGGGACCGUGCUUUUUAUAAUAUGGCGCGAGGAGACUCUCCUGCAUUGCCUCCGUGUCCUGUCAUUCGAUCUGCCGGCUACUCUAUCCCUGCCUACAUUUCUUGGAUCUUCGGUGGCGGCCCGUGUUCAGUUCGGGAAUGUGAAAAGUUCUCCAACUCCCUACCAUUUGACUUCGUAUGGGGAUUUCGUGCUUGUUCGCCGGAUUGCAGAGACAAAUUGACAUCCGAAGAAUACCUUUACUACGACUGGAAUUGCAACUUUCGCUCUCUCGGAAUGUUUGCCCACCUGCCUCGAACCAUGGUCUUCUAUGAUGGGAUGACAAUCGACCUCUAUCCGAAGAAAGCUAUCAUAACUUCUGGUGUAAGUCUCGCUCGAGGCACUCGGCCGACGCGAAGACCACUGCAAACCCCAGUUACUGGUCAAGACCGUCAGCGACUUGACAAGAAUGCGUCUGGGCUGAAGAACUGGAAAGUCAAGUAUUUGGUUGAGAAGGAGGCGGUGACGCAAGCAAAUAUGAAGUUUAUUCUCAAACAAGCAGAUGAAAACCUCGAGAAAGCGAAAGAGCUGCUUCAGUACAAGGCUGUCAGGGCAGCCGUGGCCGUCUUCUCUCGUGAUCUUCAGCUCUUGACCGAAUGUGUUUGGACGUUGCUAGGCAUCCCAGCUGAGUUGAAGGCUUCUCCCGGUCCCAUCGCGGUACUACCAAGCAAACAACGGUGUGGUGACUGCCCAGACUUGGAUCGCCUGUUUACUCCGGAAGCACUUGAAAGUCAUCAGCUGCGCAGACAUCCCCAUCGUAUAGUGCAACAGCCUUGUGUUGACUGUCCAAGUACUUCAAGUUCUUACACGUUCACCCCGAUUGCACUCGGAACACAUUACUUGGGCAAUAAACUUGAAUUGCCGGCCCAAAAUCUGCAGCGUUGUGGUGAUUGCCCCUCCUAUCGCCAGCGCCUGUUCACUCCGGAGGCCCUCGAAGCUCAUCAGGCCAUCAAACAUUUCCACCCCGCAGUGAAGCAGCUUUGCAAUGACUGUCCAGCAAGUUCUCGCAGGUUCACCCAGUCUGCACUUCGACUUCAUCGCGAAGCCAAGCAUCCCGCUUGA